AUGUCCUUUGGAAGAGACAUGGAGCUGGAACACUUCGAUGAGCGUGAUAAAGCACAGCGAUAUGGCAGAGGGUCACGGGUAAAUGGUCUGCCUAGCCCUACCCACAGUGCCCACUGCAGCUUUUACCGAACCCGCACUCUACAAACCCUCAGUUCUGAGAAAAAAGCCAAGAAAGUUCGUUUCUAUCGCAACGGAGACCGGUAUUUCAAAGGGAUUGUCUAUGCCAUCUCCCCCGACCGGUUUAGAUCUUUUGAGGCCCUGUUGGCUGAUCUGACCCGAACUCUGUCUGAUAAUGUGAAUCUGCCCCAGGGAGUGAGAACAAUCUACACCAUUGAUGGUGCCAAGAAGAUUUCCACCUUGGACCAGCUAGUAGAAGGGGAGAGCUAUGUGUGUGGUUCAAUAGAACCUUUCAAAAAACUGGAGUACACAAAGAAUGUAAACCCAAAUUGGUCAGUGAAUGUUAAGACAACAUCCACUUCCCGUACGGUGCCGUCUCUUGCCACUGUCAAAGGAAGUCCUUCAGAUGCAAGAGAGAAUAAGGAUUUCAUUAGGCCUAAACUGGUCACCAUCAUCAGGAGUGGUGUGAAACCACGUAAAGCAGUCCGGAUUCUGCUUAAUAAGAAGACAGCACAUUCAUUUGAACAGGUUCUUACUGAUAUAACUGAUGCCAUCAAGCUGGAUUCGGGAGUGGUUAAACGCCUGUACACACUGGAUGGAAAACAGGUGAUGUGCCUUCAGGAUUUCUUUGGUGAUGAUGACAUUUUUAUUGCAUGUGGACCAGAAAAGUUCCGUUACCAGGAUGAUUUCUUGCUAGAUGAAAGUGAAUGUCGGGUAGUGAAAUCUACUUCCUAUACCAAAAUAGCUUCAACAUCACGUAGGAGCACCACCAAGAGCCCGGGUCCAUCUAGACGCAGCAAGUCUCCUGCCUCUACCAGCUCAGUUAAUGGAACCCCUGGUAGCCAGCUUUCUACUCCCCGCUCUGGGAAGUCUCCAAGCCCAUCUCCUACCAGCCCAGGAAGCCUGCGAAAACAGAGGAGCUCCCAACACAGUGGCUCCUCUACCUCAUUAGCAUCCACCAAAGUUUGCAGCUCCAUGGAUGAAAAUGAUGGACCUGGAGAAGAAGUGUUGGAAGAAGGCUUCCAGGUUCCAGCAUCAAUAGCAGAAAGAUAUAAAGUUGGAAGGACUAUAGGAGACGGAAAUUUUGCUAUUGUAAAGGAGUGUAUAGAAAGGUCAACUGGUAGAGAAUAUGCUCUGAAAAUCAUAAAAAAAAGUAAAUGUAGAGGAAAAGAGCACAUGAUCCAGAAUGAGGUAUCCAUUUUAAGAAGGGUCAAACAUCCCAAUAUUGUUCUUCUGAUUGAGGAGAUGGACAUGCCAACUGAGUUGUACCUUGUCAUGGAGCUUGUAAAGGGAGGAGACCUUUUUGAUGCCAUUACCUCCACUAACAAAUACACAGAGCGGGAUGCCAGUGGGAUGCUGUACAAUCUGGCCAGUGCCAUCAAAUACCUCCAUAGCUUGAACAUUGUUCACAGGGAUAUCAAACCUGAGAAUCUACUGGUUUAUGAACACCAAGAUGGAAGCAAGUCUCUGAAGCUGGGAGACUUUGGGCUGGCAACAAUAGUGGAUGGACCUCUUUACACAGUCUGUGGGACCCCUACAUAUGUAGCUCCAGAAAUCAUUGCAGAAGCUGGAUAUGGCCUGAAGGUGGACAUCUGGGCAGCUGGUGUGAUUACUUACAUCCUGCUGUGUGGCUUUCCUCCAUUCCGUGGCUGUGGAGAUGAUCAGGAAGUGCUUUUUGAUCAGAUUUUGAUGGGCCAGGUGGAUUUCCCAUCUCCAUACUGGGAUAAUGUUUCUGAUUCUGCAAAGGAACUUAUCACCAUGAUGCUUCAGGUAGAUGUAGAUCAGCGAUUCUCAGCCUUGCAAGUUCUCGAACAUCCGUGGGUUAAUGAUGAUGGCCUUCCAGAGAAUGAGCAUCAGCUUUCAGUAGCUGGGAAGAUAAAGAAGCAUUUCAAUACAGGGCCUAAACCCAACAGCACAGCAGCUGGAGUUUCUGUCAUAACAACCACCGCUCUUGAUAAGGAGAGGCAGGUUUUCCGACGAAGACGCAACCAGGAUGUGAGGGGACGUUAUAAGACUCAGCAAGCUCCACCUGAACUCAACUCUGAAUCAGAAGACUAUUCACCAAGUUCAUCCGAGACUGUUCGCUCACCUAACUCACCCUUUUAA